AUGAAUAUGCUUAGUGAUAAAAUAUAUGAAGAUAGUCUGUUGAUUGAAGCUGAUUAUCCUAAAUUAACUGGAUUACAUAAUCAAUUAAAAUUGAAUCCAGGUUUAUCUAUAAUACCAAAUUCAAAUCGUUUAACAAGUCUUAUACAUUUUUAUACAUCAAAUCCUGUAUCCUAUUCAUCUAUGAUAGAUGAAAUGACUGGAUUUUUAUCUUAUUAUCAAUAUCAUAUUAUUGGUGGUAUGUUUGAAUCAUGUGAAAUUAAUCCAAAAUUAUUAAAUAUGAGACGUCCAUGUCGUUUUAAUUUAGAUUCAAGUGGUCCAUGUAAUUUAAAAAAUGGUUAUGGUUAUUAUGAAGGUAAACCAUGUUUUAUUAUUAAAUUAAAUCGAAUUUAUGGUUGGUUACCAAUACCAUUAAAUAAUUAUACUAAUAUUUUACUUAAAUGUGAAGGUUUAACUAAACUUGAUUCAGAUUAUUUAGAUUGGUGUUAUAAAAAUUAUGGUAUUUAUGAUUCAAUGUUUUAUCCUUAUUUAAAUCAAGCUGGUUAUCAAUCACCAUUAGUAUUUGUACAUUUUCUCAAUCCUAAACGUCAUGUUAUUAUAUGGAUAAAAUGUUAUGCAUUAGCUAAAAAUAUUCAUGUUAAUAUUCAUUCAAAUGAAGGUUCUAUUGUAUUUCAAAUACUUGUUGAUUAA